UCCAUCAAAGUUCCUAAUCUCAAGUGAUACUACACUAUGGCCUUCAAGAGGACCCAAAAAGACUCUUCUUCAUACUCUACCCAUAAGCUUCAAUGGAAUCAGGAUGUUUUCUUGAGUUUCAGUGAAGAUACAAAAGAAAACUUCACCUACCACCUCUACAACGCAUUGGUUGGAAGAGGAAUCAACACCUUUAAAGGUGAUGGAAUACAGUGGACAGGUGAGGAGAUUUCCUCAGAACUGCUGAAAGAAAUUGAAGAAUCGAGGAUUGCCAUUGUUGUUUUCUCAAGAAACUAUGCUUCUUCAAGAUGUUGUCUUGAUGAGCUUGUGAAGAUUCUUGACUGCAGAAGCAGGAUUGGUCAAACUGUUCUUCCUGUUUUUUAUGAUGUCUGUCCUUCAGAUGUAAGAAAUCAAACUGGUAGUUUUGAGGAAGCAUUUAUCAAACAUGUUGAAGCUUUCAAGGAGAAGAUGGAGAAGGUGGCGAAGUGGCGAGAAGCCCUCAAGAAAACAGCCAAUUUAUCUGGUUGGCAUCUACAAAAUAUUGCUAAUGGAACUGACAAGCAGGAGCAAACAUUUAUCCAGAAAAUUAUUAAAGAGGUCUUGACAAAAGUAAAGAGAUCACCAUUGCAUAUUGCCAAUUAUCCUGUUGGAAUUGAUUUCCGUGUAUCAUAUGUGAAAGGAAUGUUAAAUUUGUCUUCAUUGGAUAUCCACAUUAUCGGGAUUUGUGGUAUGGGUGGAUUAGGCAAAACAACCAUUGCAAAGGCAGUUUAUAAUCAAAUUCAUCAAAGAUUUGAGGGUCAUAGUUUCCUUGCAAAUGUUGGAGAAGUUUACAAAAAACCCAAUGGUCUAAUCCAAUUACAGGAACAACUCCUUUCUGAUAUCCUCUUGAAGGAUAACUUAAAGAUCAGCAAUGUUGCUAGAGGAAUAAGUUUGAUCAAGCAAAGGUUAUCCAAUAGAAGGGUUCUUGUUAUUCUUGAUGAUAUAGAUCAACCAGACCAAUUGAUUGGAUUAGCUAUUAAUCGUGAUUGUUUUGGUAUGGGAAGUAGAAUUAUUAUCACAUCACGAAGUUAUCAGUUGCUAGAGGGGGUUGAAGUCGACGAAAUAUAUGAGCUUCACGAGUUGAAUCAGUAUGAAUCUCUUGAACUUUUUAGUUGGCAUGCUUUCAGAAGAGAUUGUCCUAUAAAUGGUUACAUGGAUCUUUCAAAAGAUAUAGUAGGCAAUGUUGGAGGACUUCCAUUAGCUCUUGAGGUUUUGGGCUCUUUUAUGGUGGACAAAAGAAGCAUACCUGAAUGGGAGGUUGCAUUAGCCAAAUUAAAAAGAACUCCUCAUAAUCAAAUCGAAGAGAAACUUCAAUUAAGUUUUGAUGCAUUAGAUGAUGAACAGAAAGAUACCUUCCUCGAUAUUGCUUGUUUCUUUGUUGGAAUGAACAAAGACUAUGUAAUUAAGAUACUUGAUGGAUGCGGUUUCUUCCCACAUAUUGGGAUUAGUGUCUUAAAUCGAAGAUCCCUUAUAAGCAUUGGUGAAAAUAAUGAGUUAAAGAUGCAUAAUCUUCUUCAAGACAUGGGAAGGAAAAUUGUUUUUGAAGAAUCCCCUGAAACGCCUGGAAGGCGUUCAAGAUUGUGGUUCCAUGAGGAUGUUUGUGAAGUAUUGACAAAACAUGAGGGAACCAAUUCUGUUGAAGGCCUCAUCCUAAAUAUUUCUCAAUUCGAGGACAUAUCUGUUACUACUAAAGCAUUUGCAAAUAUGCAUAGAUUAAGACUACUCCAACUCAAUUGUGAACACCUAAGGGGAUCAGGGUUUGAACAUCUCUCUAAGGAGUUAAGAUGGCUUUGUUGGCAUGGAUUCCCUUUGAAUUCUCUACCCACCAAUUUUGAUCCGCAGAAUCUUGUUGUCCUUGACAUGCAAAAUAGCAAUGUUAAAGAAGUUUGGAAGGAAGCCAAGCUGUUCAAAAGGUUGAAAAUCCUGAAUCUUAGUCAUUCGCGUUAUCUAACAAAGUCCCCCAACUUCUUAGGACCUCAUAGCCUUGAGAUAUUGAACCUUGAAGGCUGUACUAGUCUGGUUGAAGUUCACAAAUCGAUUGGAUAUCUUGACAAGCUUGUGGUCUUGAAUCUGAAAAACUGCAAUAACCUUAAGAAUCUUCCAAGCAGCAUUUGUAAGUUGGUAUCUCUUGAAAAACUUGAUCUCUCCGGGUGCUCAAAUCAGCCAGUUCGAUCUAAGUCAUGGUACCCAUCCUUCCAUUUUUUGGGUUCACCAAGAAAAAGGCCUUUGCUUCCAGCUUUCUCUGGAUUAAGCUCUUUAAGAAACUUAAAUCUAUCUUACUGCAAUCUAUCAGAAGAACAGCUUCCCAAUGAUUUCAGUAGGUUAUCUUCAUUGGAACAACUAUAUUUAAGAGGAAACAGUUUCUGCACACUACCAACCAGCAUCAGUCAUCUUUCCCGCCUUAUGACCCUUGAUUUGAAUGAGUGCAGAAAUCUAGAACUACUACCAGACCUUGCCUCAAUGAACUUGGAUCUACAAGAUUGCACAUCACUAGAGAGAUUACCAGCAAACAUUAGUGGCCUUUCUAAACUUAUGUUUCUUCAUUUGAAUGGAUGCAUAAAGCUGCGGUCGCUCCCAGAGCUUCCAUCAAGUUUGUUAUGGUUGAAGACUUCUGGUUGUACAUCUUUAGAGGAAAUACCAAAGGUUUUGGAAGCUACAUUCAUUACAAGGCUUAAACCUCUAUCAUUGCCAAAGCUUCCAUCAAGUGUACAAAGCUUGUUUAUAGAUGGUUGCACAUCAAUGGUGCUUAAGGAAGUUGAGGUCCAGAGGCUGAAGACCUCACAAUCUAUAUCAGCCAUCCACAUGGAUGAGUGCCAUCAUCUGGAGAACACUUUCAGGAAGAAGAGCCCUUUCCAGGGUAUACAUAGGACUUUUGAGGUCUUUGGUCCUGGGAGUGAGAUUCCAGAGUGGAUGGCUCAUCAGAGUACAGGGUCUUCAAUAUCUUUUGAGGUAUCUCCGCAUUUGGGUUGUAAGUUAGAAGGGUUGGAUGCAUCUGCUGUUUUUGCAGUUGAAGAAGAAGAAGAUGACAAUAGGGUUAAUGCAAACCCUAUCAUUUUUAAUAAAACCACAGGUAUUAAAUGGGAAUGGAUUGGUGGAAUACCGUAUAUCCCAAGCUCAAACUAUCAAGAUCAAAUGUGGGUGUGCCAUAUUCCAUUUGCUAGUCUUUAUGUUCAGUUAGGUGGUGAACGUGAAUUUGAGGCUCAAGCAGGGGAUCAAUUGGAAUUCUCAAUAAAUUUUGAAAUUGUGGAUUUUGAAGAAGCGAGAGUGCAGGUGAAGAAAUGUGGAGUCUUGCAGGUACACAAGCCAGAUGAGGAGGAAACAGGAUUGAACAAAGACCAAUCAAUGAUUCAAUACACUUCAGAUGAUAUUGUUGUCAAUGAAGAAGGAUCACUUCACUAUUGGUUUGUUGAUGCUGGGGAUUCUCUAGCCUUUCAGUUUGUGCAAAUGAAAUACUACACUAUGGCCUUCAAGAGGACCCAAAAAGACUCUUCUUCAUACUCUACCCAUAAGCUUCAAUGGAAUCAGGAUGUUUUCUUGAGUUUCAGUGAAGAUACAAAAGAAAACUUCACCUACCACCUCUACAACGCAUUGGUUGGAAGAGGAAUCAACACCUUUAAAGGUGAUGGAAUACAGUGGACAGGUGAGGAGAUUUCCUCAGAACUGCUGAAAGAAAUUGAAGAAUCGAGGAUUGCCAUUGUUGUUUUCUCAAGAAACUAUGCUUCUUCAAGAUGUUGUCUUGAUGAGCUUGUGAAGAUUCUUGACUGCAGAAGCAGGAUUGGUCAAACUGUUCUUCCUGUUUUUUAUGAUGUCUGUCCUUCAGAUGUAAGAAAUCAAACUGGUAGUUUUGAGGAAGCAUUUAUCAAACAUGUUGAAGCUUUCAAGGAGAAGAUGGAGAAGGUGGCGAAGUGGCGAGAAGCCCUCAAGAAAACAGCCAAUUUAUCUGGUUGGCAUCUACAAAAUAUUGCUAAUGGAACUGACAAGCAGGAGCAAACAUUUAUCCAGAAAAUUAUUAAAGAGGUCUUGACAAAAGUAAAGAGAUCACCAUUGCAUAUUGCCAAUUAUCCUGUUGGAAUUGAUUUCCGUGUAUCAUAUGUGAAAGGAAUGUUAAAUUUGUCUUCAUUGGAUUUCCGCAUUAUAGGGAUUUGUGGUAUGGGUGGAUUAGGUAAAACAACCAUUGCAAAGGCAGUUUAUAAUCAAAUUCAUCAAAGAUUUGAGGGUCAUAGUUUCCUUGCAAAUGUUGGAGAAGUUUACAAAAAACCCAAUGGUCUAAUCCAAUUACAGGAACAACUCCUUUCUGAUAUCCUCUUGAAGGAUAACUUAAACAUCAGCAAUGUUGCUAGAGGAAUAAGUUUGAUCAAGCAAAGGUUAUCCAAUAGAAGGGUUCUUGUUAUUCUUGAUGAUAUAGAUGAACCAGACCAAUUAAUUGGAUUAGCUAUUAAUCGUGAUUGUUUUGGUAUGGGAAGUAGAAUUAUUAUCACAUCACGAAAUUAUCAGUUGCUAAAGGGGGUUGAAGUCGACGAAAUAUAUGAGCUUCAUGAGUUGAAUCAGUAUGAAUCUCUUGAACUUUUUAGUUGGCAUGCUUUCAGAAGAGAUUGUCCUAUAAAUGGUUACAUAGAUCUUUCAAAAGAUAUAGUAGGCAAUGUUGAAGGACUUCCAUUAGCUCUUGAGGUUUUGGGCUCUCUUAUGGUGGAUAAAAGAAGCAUACCUGAAUGGGAGGUUGCAUUAGCCAAAUUAAAAAGAAUUCCUCUUAAUCAAAUCGAAGAGAAACUUCGAUUAAGUUUUGAUGCAUUAGAUGAUGAAGAGAAAGAUACCUUCCUCGAUAUUGCUUGUUUCUUUGUUGGAAUGGACAAAGACUAUGUAAUUAAGAUACUCGAUGGAUGCGGCUUCUUCCCAUAUACUGGGAUUAGUGUCUUAAAUCGAAGAUCCCUUAUAAGCAUUGGUGAAAAUAAUGAGUUAAAGAUGCAUAAUCUUCUUCAAGAUAUGGGAAGGAAAAUUGUUUUUGAAGAAUCCCCUGAAACGCCUGGAAGGCGUUCAAGAUUGUGGUUCCAUGAGGAUGUUUGUGAAGUAUUGACAAAACAUGAGGGAACCAAUUCUGUUGAAGGCCUCAUCCUAAAUGUUUCUCAAUUUGAGGACAUAUGUGUUACUACUAAAGCAUUUGCAAAUAUGCAUAGAUUAAGACUACUCCAACUCAAUUAUGUACACUUAAGGGGAUCAGGGUUUGAACAUCUCUCUAAGGAGUUAAGAUGGCUUUGUUGGCAUGGAUUCCCUUUGAGGUCUCUACCUACCAAUUUUGAUCUGCAGAAUCUUGUUGUCCUUGACAUGCAAAAUAGCAAUGUUAAAGAAGUUUGGAAGGAAGCAAAGCUGUUCAAAAGGUUGAAAAUCCUGAAUCUUAGUCAUUCGCGUUAUCUAACAAAGUCCCCCAACUUCUUAGGACCUCAUAGCCUUGAGAUAUUGAACCUUGAAGGCUGUACUAGUCUGGUUGAAGUUCACGAAUCUAUUGGAUAUCUUGACAAGCUUGUGGUCUUGAAUCUGAAAAACUGCAAUAACCUUAAGAAUCUUCCAAGCAGCAUUUGUAAGUUGGCAUCUCUUGAAAAACUCGAUCUCUCCGGGUGCUCAAAUCAGCUGGCUCGAUCUAAGUCAUGGUACUCAUUCUUCCAUUUUUUGGGUUCACCAAGAAAAAGGCCUUUGCUUCCAGCUUUCUCUGGAUUAAGCUCUUUAAGAAACUUAAAUCUAUCUUACUGCAAUCUAUCAGAAGAACAGCUUCCCAAUGAUUUCAGUAGGUUAUCUUCAUUGGAACUACUAUAUUUAAGAGGAAACAGUUUCUGCACACUACCAACCAGCAUCAGUCAUCUUUCCCGCCUUAUGAUCCUUGAUUUGAAUGAGUGCACAAAUCUAGAACUAUUACCAGACCUUCCAUCAAUGAAAUUGGAUCUACAAGAUUGCACAUCACUAGAAAGAUUACCAACAGACAUUAGUGGUCCUUCUAAACUUUUUACUCUUCUUUUGGAAGGAUGCAUAAAGUUGCGGUCACUCCCAGAGCUUCCAUCAAGUUUGAUAUGGUUGAGGACUUCUGGUUGUACAUCUUUAGAGGAAAUACCAAAGGUUUGGAAACUACAUUCAUUAGAAGGCUUAAAUUUUAACUAUGACCACUUCUGUAACCUGCCGGAAGACAUAAGUUUCCAUCCUAAACUUGGAUUGCUACGUUUGGAUGGCUGUACAAAGCCUCUAUCAUUGCCAAAGCUUCCAUCAAGUGUAGAAAGCUUGUUUAUAGAUGGUUGCACAUCAAUGGUGCUUAAGGAAGUUGAGGUCCAGAGGCUGAAGACCUCACAAUCUAUGUCAGCCAUCCACAUGGAUGAGUGCCAUCAUCUGGAGAACUCUUUCAGGAAGAAGAGCCCUUUCCAGGGAUUAUAUAGGCGGUUUGAGGUCUUUGGUCCUGGAAAUGAGAUUCCAGAGUGGAUGGCUCAUCAGAGUACAGGGUCUUCAAUAUCUUUUGAGGUAUCUCCGCAUUUGGGUUGUAAGUUAGAAGGGUUGGAUGCAUCAGCUGUUUUUGCAGUUGAAGAAGAAGAAGAUGACAAUAGGGUUACUGCAAACCCUAUAAUUUUUAAUAAAACCACAGGUAUUAAAUGGGUAUGGAUUAGUGGAAGAUCGUAUAGCCCAAGCUCAAACUAUCGAGAUCAAAUGUGGGUGUGCCAUAUACCAUUUGAUGAUCUUUAUGUUUACUUAGGCGGUGAAGGUGAAUUUGAGGCUCAAGCAGGGGAUCAAUUGGAAUUCUCAAUAAAUUUUGAAAUUGAGGAUUUUGAAGAAGCGAGAGUGCAGGUGAAGAAAUGUGGAGUCUUGCAGGUACACAAGCCAGAUGAGGAGGAAACGGGAUUGAAAGAAGACCAAUCAAUGAUUCAAUACACUUCAGAUGAUAUUGUUUGUCAAUGAAGGAAAGAUCACUUCACUAGUAGUUUACACAAGAGAUAAGAACAACAGAGGAGGCCACAAUGAAGAUGAGGAAGGAUCUAGUAGUGAUUCUCAUGUCAAACGGUUGAGGAUGGAGCAGUGACUG